AUACCGUACGCUCGAUGGGACCACGACAUGUACUACGAGGAGCACGCCCACGACGGAGAGACCACUUACACCAUGCACGGCGCCUUCGUCUCGGACACUUGCCUGGUGUGCUUCGACAACCACCGCUUCUCGAUCGACGAGCAGGACGCCAAGCUGGUGGGCCCCGGCCAGCGCAUCGUCCUGGAGGUCGGCUACGAUGCGUUGGUGGGCGCCGGGUACAGCCGAAGCUCUCUGCGGGGCGCAAACUGUGGAGUGUUCCUCGGGGACUCGGGGAACGAGUGGCCGUACAUCCUCGCCGACUCGGGGCUCGGCUGCCCGAGCGACACUG